GCGAGAGUGGGUUUGUUCUUGGGCUGCAGCCGCUGCUGCCACCUCUUACAGCGCCGUUGCUGCGGGGGAUUGUGGGAGCUUCAGCGUCCCGCUCGCUUGGAGAGAGGUACCUCUCCUCUUCCCUCUCCCUCUCCUUAAGAGUUGUCUGCUGGUUCUCAGCUUGAAGAAGAUUCUACAGUCCUUAUUGAUCCUUUUUCUUGGCGUUACCAUUUUUUGAAGCAAAGUUAACCUAGUUUUCUAGUUUGAGCUUUCUUUUUGGCCAUCUUCUAAAAAAAUUUUUUUUAAUCUAUAAACUAGACAAGAGAUAGUUCUACAAUGUCCAAGUCAUUCCAGCAGUCAUCUCUCGGUAGGGACUCGCAGGGUCAUGGGCGUGACCUGUCUGCAGCAGGAAUAGGCCUUCUUGCUGCUGCUACCCAGUCUUUAAGUAUGCCAGCAUCUCUUGGAAGGAUGAACCAGGGUACUGCACGCCUUGCUAGUUUAAUGAAUCUUGGAAUGAGUUCUUCAUUGAAUCAACAAGGAGCUCAUAGUGCACUGUCUUCUGCUAGUACUUCUUCCCAUAAUUUGCAGUCUAUAUUUAACAUUGGAAGUAGAGGUCCACUCCCUUUGUCUUCUCAACACCGUGGAGAUGCAGACCAGGCCAGUAACAUUUUGGCCAGCUUUGGUCUGUCUGCUAGAGACUUAGAUGAACUGAGUCGUUAUCCAGAGGACAAGAUUACUCCUGAGAACUUGCCCCAAAUCCUUCUACAGCUUAAAAGAAGGAGAACUGAAGAAGGCCCUACAUUGAGUUAUGGUAGAGAUGGCAGAUCUGCUACACGGGAGCCACCAUACAGAGUACCUAGGGACGAUUGGGAAGAAAAGAGGCACUUUAGAAGAGAUAGUUUUGAUGAUCGUGGUCCUAGUCUCAACCCAGUGCUUGAUUAUGACCAUGGAAGUCGUUCUCAAGAAUCUGGUUAUUAUGACAGAAUGGAUUAUGAAGAUGACAGAUUAAGAGAUGGAGAAAGGUGUAGGGAUGAUUCUUUUUUUGGUGAGACCUCGCAUAACUAUCAUAAAUUUGACAGUGAGUAUGAGAGAAUGGGACGUGGUCCUGGCCCCUUACAAGAGAGAUCUCUCUUUGAGAAAAAGAGGGGCGCUCCUCCAAGUAGCAAUAUUGAAGACUUCCAUGGACUCUUACCGAAGGGUUAUCCCCAUCUGUGCUCUAUAUGUGAUUUGCCAGUUCAUUCUAAUAAGGAGUGGAGUCAACAUAUCAAUGGAGCAAGUCACAGUCGUCGAUGCCAGCUUCUUCUUGAAAUCUACCCAGAAUGGAAUCCUGACAAUGAUACAGGACACACAAUGGGUGAUCCAUUCAUGUUGCAGCAAUCUACAAACCCAGCACCAGGAAUUCUGGGACCUCCGCCUCCCUCAUUUCAUCUUGGGGGACCAGCAGUUGGACCAAGAGGAAAUCUGGGUGCUGGAAAUGGAAACCUGCAAGGACCAAGACACAUGCAAAAGGGCAGAGUGGAAACUAGCCGAGUUGUUCACAUCAUGGAUUUCCAGCGAGGGAAAAACUUGAGAUAUCAACUAUUACAGCUGGUGGAACCAUUUGGAGUUAUUUCAAAUCAUCUGAUUCUAAAUAAAAUUAAUGAGGCAUUUAUUGAAAUGGCAACCACAGAAGAUGCUCAGGCUGCAGUGGAUUAUUAUACAACCACACCAGCAUUAGUAUUUGGCAAGCCAGUGAGAGUUCAUUUAUCCCAGAAGUAUAAAAGAAUAAAGAAACCUGAAGGGAAACCAGACCAGAAGUUUGAUCAAAAACAAGAGCUUGGACGUGUGAUACAUCUCAGCAAUUUACCUCAUUCUGGCUAUUCUGACAGUGCUGUCCUCAAGCUUGCUGAGCCUUAUGGGAAAAUUAAGAAUUAUAUACUGAUGAGGAUGAAAAGUCAGGCCUUUAUUGAGAUGGAGACCAGAGAAGAUGCAAUGGCAAUGGUUGACCACUGUUUGAAAAAGGCCCUUUGGUUUCAAGGGAGAUGUGUAAAAGUUGACCUGUCUGAAAAAUACAAAAAAUUGGUACUCAGGAUUCCCAACAGAGGCAUUGACUUACUGAAAAAAGAUAAGUCCCGGAAAAGAUCUUACUCUCCAGAUGGCAAAGAAUCUCCAAGUGAUAAGAAAUCCAAAACUGAUGGUUCCCAGAAGACUGAAAGUACAACCGAAGGUAAAGAACAAGAAGAGAAAUCAGGAGAAGAUGGUGAAAAAGAUACAAAGGAUGACCAGGCAGAACAAGAACCUAACAUGCUUCUUGAAUCUGAAGAUGAGCUACUUGUAGAUGAAGAAGAAGCAGCAGCACUGCUAGAAAGUGGCAGUUCAGUGGGAGAUGAGACAGAUCUUGCUAAUUUAGGAGAUGUGGCAUCUGAUGGGAAAAAGGAACCUUCAGACAAAGUUGUGAAAAAAGAUGCAAAUGCGAGUGCUUCAGCAACUGCGAAGAAAAAGCUUAAAAAGCGUCGUUUCCCAGGGAGUAUGGAAGGUUUUGUCACUCUAGAUGAGGUUGGUGAUGAGGAAGAUUCGGAACUUCAGAAACUUCGUAAAUCGGGCAUGGCAUUUAAAUCUGGUGACAAAAAUGAUGAUGGUUUGGUUGAAAUUAAGGUGGACAAGAUCGAGGAACUUGACCAAGAAAAUGAAGCAGCGUUGGAAAAUGGAAUUAAAAAUGAGGAAAAUACAGAACCAGGUGCUGAAUCUGCUGAGAAUGCUGAUGAUCCCAACAAAGAUACAAGUGAAAACGCAGAUGGCCAAAGUGAUGAAAACAAGGAGGACUAUACAAUCCCAGAUGAGUAUAGAAUUGGACCAUAUCAGCCCAAUGUUCCUGUUGGUAUAGACUAUGUGAUACCUAAAACAGGGUUUUACUGUAAGCUGUGUUCACUCUUUUAUACAAAUGAAGAAGUUGCAAAGAAUACUCAUUGCAGCAGCCUUCCUCAUUAUCAGAAAUUAAAGAAAUUUCUGAAUAAAUUGGCAGAAGAACGCAGGCAGAAGAAGGAAGCUUAAGAUGUGCAAGAAGCUUAAUGAUUUCAAAGAAAAUAAUGGUUCUUUGUUUUUAAAUGUUAACCUUUUUUAAAUACAAUACAGAUAGUUAGAAGAAAACUAUUGUACUCUUUUGUUAUAGUGGAAAAAUAAUAGACGUCUGUUCAUGUGUUAAGUGUUAUAGCAAAAAUACAUAUACGGUUAAGUUAAUGAAGAAUUGUUUUUGUUUUAUCAAAAUGGUAACAGACAGAAAUACUUGGUAGAGACUGACUUCAUAUGCUACUUAAGACACUUGCAUCACUAAGAAAGAUACGUAGAAACAUUCAGAGAAAUGAAAUUAGUAGUUCCAAGCUUCAAAGAAAUGUCAAAACUUUUGAUUCCAUUCAAUAAAGAACAAAACCAAUUGUAUUUUUAUUACUUUCAUCUGAAACAUUCCACAUUUUAAUCUGAGCCUUUCAGACUUUUCAUUUGCAGUUCGAAGCAUUUUUGGUUUUGUUUCAUUUUUUGAGAACGUCAUUAAUGUGAGAUUGGUAAUUAAAAUGCAGGUGCAGUUUUCUUUUAAUGUCAUGCUGUUUAGGUAAUAAGAAAUACUAAGUAAUUGGCUUUAGAUUUUGUAAUUUUUUCCCUAAGUUCCUGCUAGAUUUCGUAUUCUAGUAGUCAAUGUAUUUUUCAGUGAAAUGUAAAAAUAUUCCCAUUCUCUUUGACCAGUAUUAAUUUCUUGAGAUAUUGCUUGUCACUUGAAUCCUGUAGCUGUCAUACAUCUGGUAUAAGCACAUUUGAUUUUUGAAGUGUGUAGACCAUCUCUUCAUAUUUUCAAGAUGUAAUUUUACAUUUCUGCAUUUUAAAAACAGUUUGGCCAUAAUCUUAGACGCACGCUUCUAAUUCAUAUACUGCAUAUGUGACCUUUGUGAACAGAAAUUUGCAUGUAUAAUCUGUGUUUACUUGUAACUUUCUGGUUAUAUACGGCUUAUAUCUGUGGAUUCAAGUUUCUGAAGUGAGUACCAAUAAAAAAAAAAAAACCUAGGCCAUGUUCAUUGGUUAUACAUGUUUGAAAUGUUAACCAA